CGCUGCAGAAGACAGAGUGAUAUUCGUGUUACCGCGGCAUGUUGUAAAUGGAUGAGAUUCUGCUCAUCCCGGCUUGGAGAUAAGAAUAGGGAAAGGAGAGCAACUUGAAUCAGAAGCCACUAGAAGAGCGUGCAGAGUUCUUCUGCAGCAGUUCAUGCUUGUUCUUACAUUUUGCCUUCUUCUAACUGGAAAACAGAGAGACUGGCAUUUUUCUAAACGGGCUUUUCCCAUAAUGGCAUUCUUGUAUUGUGUGGCCGGAGCUCGCACGGGAGGCGAGCAGGCUGCCGAAUUUAGUCACUGAUCUCUAUUAGCUGUGGCCCAAGGCUAUGCUGAGGUUUAUAUCCCAUUUAUAUUGUUGCAGCUCGAAAGAAGAAUGUUCAGAGGAUGACAAGUGUAUUCUGAGUAGAUCUCUAGUGGAAGAGGAGGACCAGCACAUGAAAUUGUCCCUUGGAAGCAGCGAAAUGGGUCUCUCAUCCCAUCUGCAGUCUUCCAGGGCAGGGACCACACGCAUCUUUACCAGCAAUACCCACAGUUCGGUGGUGUUACAGGGCUUUGACCAGCUUCGACUUGAAGGAUUGCUUUGCGAUGUGACCCUGAUGCCUGGUGACACAGAUGACGCCUUCCCUGUGCAUAGAGUCAUGAUGGCCUCUGCUAGUGAUUACUUCAAGGCAAUGUUUACAGGUGGAAUGAAAGAACAAGAUUUAAUGUGCAUUAAGCUUCACGGUGUGAGCAAAGUCGGCUUAAGGAAAAUUAUUGAUUUCAUUUAUACUGCAAAGCUUUCUCUUAACAUGGACAACCUUCAAGACACCCUGGAAGCUGCCAGUUUUCUUCAGAUUCUGCCGGUUUUGGACUUCUGCAAAGUGUUUCUCAUAUCUGGGGUCACUUUAGACAAUUGUGUCGAAGUUGGUCGGAUUGCCAACACCUACAAUCUGACAGAAGUGGAUAAAUAUGUCAACAGUUUUGUCUUGAAGAAUUUUCCUGCAUUGCUGAGCACUGGGGAGUUCUUGAAGCUCCCUUUUGAGCGUCUUGCCUUUGUGCUUUCCAGUAAUAGCCUUAAGCACUGCACUGAACUUGAGCUCUUUAAGGCUACCUGUCGCUGGCUACGCCUAGAAGAGCCUCGGAUGGACUUUGCUGCCAAAUUAAUGAAGAACAUACGAUUUCCACUGAUGACACCGCAGGAGCUCAUCAAUUAUGUGCAAACCGUGGAUUUCAUGAGAACUGACAAUACCUGUGUGAAUCUCCUUUUGGAAGCCAGCAAUUACCAAAUGAUGCCAUACAUGCAGCCAGUGAUGCAGUCAGACAGGACUGCCAUUCGCUCUGACACCACUCAUUUGGUCACACUCGGAGGAGUUCUGAGGCAGCAGCUGGUCGUCAGCAAGGAAUUGCGCAUGUAUGAUGAAAAGGCCCAUGAAUGGAAAUCGUUAGCCCCCAUGGAUGCCCCACGGUACCAGCAUGGCAUUGCUGUCAUUGGAAAUUUCCUCUAUGUCGUCGGCGGACAGAGCAAUUAUGACACAAAAGGAAAAACGGCAGUCGAUACGGUCUUCAGAUUUGAUCCUCGCUACAAUAAAUGGAUGCAGGUCGCAUCUUUAAAUGAAAAGCGCACCUUUUUCCACCUAAGUGCCCUCAAAGGAUAUCUGUACGCAGUCGGUGGGCGAAAUGCAGCUGGUGAACUGCCUACAGUGGAGUGUUACAAUCCAAGAACAAAUGAGUGGACCUAUGUUGCCAAAAUGAGUGAACCCCACUAUGGCCACGCUGGGACUGUGUAUGGAGGAGUCAUGUAUAUUUCAGGAGGAAUCACUCAUGACACUUUCCAAAAGGAGCUCAUGUGCUUUGACCCGGAUACCGACAAAUGGAUCCAGAAGGCGCCGAUGACCACCGUCAGAGGCCUGCACUGCAUGUGUACGGUGGGUGAGAGGCUGUACGUCAUCGGCGGCAAUCACUUCCGGGGCACAAGUGAUUAUGAUGACGUCCUAAGCUGUGAAUACUACUCACCUAUCCUUGACCAGUGGACCCCAAUUGCCGCCAUGUUAAGGGGGCAGAGCGAUGUCGGGGUCGCGGUCUUUGAAAAUAAGAUCUACGUGGUUGGUGGGUAUUCCUGGAAUAAUCGCUGUAUGGUGGAGAUAGUGCAGAAAUACGACCCCGACAAAGAUGAGUGGCAUAAGGUGUUUGAUCUCCCAGAGUCCCUCGGUGGCAUCCGAGCUUGUACACUCACGGUGUUCCCGCCCGAAGAAACCACACCGUCACCUUCUAGAGAGUCCCCCCUUUCUGCACCUUAAGAUCAUCCCCGCCCCGCGACUAAGAUGCUGUGGUCCUAUCUUUGCAGCGUGUCAUGAAUUCUCUUCUUUUGCACCCCCUUUAGUAGUGUAUCUUAGGAUUAGCCUCCAGUAAUUGAUACAGAUAUUGGAAAAAAAAAAAAGACAACAUUGAUGUUAUUUGUGCUGUUUGUUUGGCUUAGAGUGUUUAUAAAGUGGUAACAAAACCAUUCUGGAAAUGUAUCCCAUUGAAGCUGAUGUUUAACAUAUAAAAACAAAACAAAACACAAAAAAACACAAAAAAACACACACAAAAAAAACCACACAAAAAAAAACCAACCCAAGAUAUUGUCUAUAAAAUGUUUCUUCAGUACUUUUUCGAUGCUGUGUAUUGGGUGUAAGGUAUUUGUCAUCUUACAUUAGAAAGCCCAGUGAACCAACUCGAAGGUGGAUUGUAGUAAGUGUACAACUGUGCUAACUCGGCUUCAAAGUAAAAAGUUUUCCUUUCAUCGUUGACUGUGAGAUGUCGAAGGGAGGCAGCUUGCUCCAACAGGAAACAAUAGACAAAAGGUUGCCAACUCGCAUGAGCUACCUCCCUCUUUUCAUAAAGUAUUUUUGACAUAUCUGUCGACCCACCUAUCUGCGUGGGCGCAUUGAAAACAUAUGAAGUUUCUUAGACACACAGGAGAAAUAAUAACUGAAAUUCACCAAUAUUAAUAAUAAUAA